GGAAGGCCCCCGAACCAGACCGCCUCCCCGCUGCAACCCCUUCCGCCACGGCUUGAUUGCCUGCCGGUGGCUUUCCUUUUCUUCCUUCCCCUGCGCAGCUUCUCGCACACGCAGAUGCUGCUCUUCCUUCCGUCCCCGGACACGCAGGCAAGGCAAAGGCACCCACCACCAAAUAGGAAGGGGAGUUACUCCACCACCAGCCUAGCCUAGCCUAGCCUAGCACAGCACAGCAGUGGGAGGGGGAGGCACCAGGGCAGGGCAGGGCAGGGCCGGAGAUGGAUGGAGACUUGUUGCAGCGCAGCCCACUGCAAAGCUCCAAAUUACAACACGGAGCCCAACCACCACUUAUACGCCACCGCCACCGCCACCAUCGCCACCACUUUCCCCUCCCCGAUCCCCUCCCCAAACCCUAACCCCCUCCCCUCGGAUCCGCGCAUGGAGGCGUGACGGGCCGGGGGGAUGGACGCCGUGCCGGAGGACCUCCGCUGCAAGCGCUCCGACGGCAAGCAGUGGCGCUGCAGCGCCCCUUCCAUGCCCGACAAGACCGUCUGCGAGAAGCACUACGUCCAGGCCAAGAAGCGCGCCGCCUCCUCCGCGCUACGCGCCACGCUCCGCAGGUCCUCCCCCGCCUACGCCGCCGCCUCCUACGCGCAGCACCGCGAGGGCGACUCCGUCGCCGACGCUGACCUGCCCCUGCCAAUGGCUGUCGCGAGGCCCUUCUACGGCAGCGUCGUCGGGGAGCCUGUCUACGUGGCGGAACCGGCGGUGCGGAGGGGGCUGCCCCUCACC